AUGUUUAAACUCUUUGCAAUGGUUUGUCUCGCGGCGUUCGUACACGGAGCCCAAAUCAAGCAGCACACGAAUUAUGAGACGGGGGUGAAACACAACUCGCAACUCACAAGCCACCAGCUGGAAGAAGUCGAUGCGGGUAAGGAGUUGAUCGAGGAGUCACAGGAUUAUUACGCCUAUCCGAAGUAUCAGUUCGAGUACGGUGUCAAGGAUCCGGUGACGGGUGAUCACAAGAGCCAAUGGGAAAUGCGGGACGGUGACAUCGUGAAGGGAUCGUACACGUUGGAUGAACCGGACGGAACGCAGCGCAUCGUGGAGUAUCGUGCCGACGAUCGGAACGGGUUCGAGGCGAUCGUGAAAAAGAUCGGCAAACCAAAGCAUCCGGAGGAGAUCGUAGGCAAGAAGCUACAGGAGUCGAAGGCAGCAGACGCCCACCAUAUCGUCGGGCAAAGCUACAGCAAACUGAAGAAGUACAGCUGA